AUGACGGACAACAGCAGUGAAGUGGUGGUCUGGGAGAAGUUAAAUAACGCUAGUUAUGUCUCAAUAGGAGUGUAUCUUAUCACUUUGGCCCCAACAGCCAUUUUUGGAAACUGUCUCGUUCUUUUUGUAUUCUGGCGUAAGAGUUUGUACAAGAGACCUGUAAACUGGUUUAUUGUCAACCUAGCGGUGGCGGAUCUAAUAGUUUCCCUUUUGGCACAUCCAAUGUCAGCGACCACUGCCUUUAGCAAGAGAUGGAGUCUUGGUGUAGUAGGUUGUCAAUUGUAUGCCUUCAUCAGUUAUACAGGUGCUUGUAACAACAUCAUGACCUAUGCUGCUAUUAGCUAUUUCCGCUGCCAAAUUGUCUGCAAAAACAGAUACAUAGCUCGAGUGAAGUGUGGGAGGAUCCUAGGAACGCUGGUGGCGAUCUGGAUCUUCAGUUUGUUUUGGACUAUUUCCCCGCUCCUGGGUUGGAACAGUUAUGAGCUGGAGCCGUACAAUAUAACCUGCAGUAUCCGCUGGACGGGUCAUUCUCUGGGGGACAAGUCCUAUGUUUGGUUGUGUCUCCUGUUUGUCUUUAUAUUCCCGCUGUCUGUUAUGAUCUUCUCCUACAGUCAAAUCGCUAAUCAUGCACGGCGUCUCUCCUUAACCACACAGCCAAGCGACAUCGAGAAUAAGUCCAAGUUCCUGUAUAACUUGGAGAGAGGGGCAACAAGGAUUUCCCUUAUGAUGACAAUGACCUUCGUAUUUACAUGGACGCCAUACGCCAUUUUAUCCACAGUAGCCGCAGCUGGCAUCAACAUCACUUCACCUGUCGUUUUACUACCAACGCUUUUCGCUAAAUCAUCUUGUGCUUACAACCCAUUUAUGUUCUUUCUAAGCCACAAUACAUUCAAAUCAUUCAAAUGGGGUUUCGACUCGUGCACUAAAAACAAUGCAGAGGAUUCUGGGAAACUGUACGUGAGCAAGGUUAAAUUUAACAAUCGAGUGGAGCCUUCCGAGUUACCCAGCUGCUCCACAGGUGAGAGAAAUGUAGUACAGACUACCAAGCAACAAAACAACAAAGUCGUAACUCUUACCAUUUCUGAUGUUGAAGAAAGUGGUAUAUAGCGUAAAUCAGCACAUGUGCUUAAAAUCAAUCAAGUAAUCGAAUCGAAUUGGAGAAAAUGUACGUUCCCCAAAUUUAUCAUAACUUAAAAUAUUUUCUCCACUGAAUGGUUACUGAAAACCAACUGUUAUUCGCGAUUUAUCAGUUUAAAAUUUAUGCGCUAUACGGCGAAUUUCUUGACUGGGGAAUUGCAUGCAAUUUUCUCAAAUAGAAAAUGAAAGAAUAAAUUGGAGGCGAGAAGCAUUUCCAGUAAGAGAAAGAAAGUCUCUUGCAUAUAUGUGAAUAAAAUUUGGUUAUCUGUUCUGAUAUACUUCAAAUUUGAAUAUCAAGGUAUUAAGUAUU